AUGAAAGGGUACCAUGUCAGCCGUAGUAUGUCCCAGCAUUCCUCCGGUGGUGGCGGGGGAGGCCCCUGCCACUGCACGCCUGAGGACUGUGAUGGCCCGGGCAGAGACUACUACCAAGGUCACAGUGAUGGCCACUAUUACCCUCCGGGAGGUCCGGCUGAGGCUCUGGCACUGGAGAGGCACCAUUCCCACUCCCACUCCCACUCCCACAGCCACUCUGGAGGGGGCACGUUCCCUCGUUCCCACCCUAGCCAGCACCCAGCUCUCCAGUCGUUGGACUCGUGCGAAGAGUGCCUGUCCUCAGGCCACGGAGGAAAGAUGCACCGCAUUCCCCCAAACCUGAUGGACCACUUUGAGAAGCAGGUGCCCUUUCAUCCUGAUGGCUUCCACACACUGCAGUACCAGCGCACUGCUAGUGGGGGUGCCGAGCAACGCAGCGAAAGCCCCUCCCGCAUCCGUCACCUAGUCAACUCUGUGCAGCGCCUCUUUGCCAAGUCCCACUCCCUGGAAGCACCAUCCAAACGGGAAUACAAUGGCACAAGAGGAGGCGGGGACUACCGUGGUGAGAGAGGUGGAGGCCACAGGAGUGGAGGGGAGGACGGUGGAGGCCAGUACUCAGGCCACCAGUCUCGCUCUACCAGGAGGAGCAAGUCUCGAGAGCGUAGCAAGAGCGGAGACUCGCGGCACGAGUCGGGCAGACGCCACCGCAGUAGGACAGCGGGCUGGUGGAGCUCUGACGACAACCUGGACAGCGACAGCAGCUUCCUGGUGAGCGGGGGCAGACGGGGGUAUCCCAGCGGACACGAGAGCCUGGAUGCUGCCAUCCAGGAGCUCACCAUGAAGAAGCCCAAGGAGCGCAGCAGUGGGCCGGGGCCGGGGGAGUGCAUGGCCUGUACCACAAUGGCUCUGGCCGGGAGUGACGGAGGGGGACACCAUGGGCACCACGGCCACUCCCUGAAGAGGAGCACCUGGUCAGCCAUGACAGUGAGUCAGGCUAGGGAGGUGUACCCUUCCUCCAGGGGAGGAGGCUACAACAAAGCCCUUGUGCCCGUGGAGAGCAAGCUGAAAGAGAGGACCUUCCACUACCUGCAGGUCCCUUCAGAGGACUGGGGAGGUGGAUACGGCAGUGGCGGCGCAGCCGACAGCGGAGGGGAGAUUCCUUGCCGUCGCAUGCGAAGCGGCAGCUACAUCAAGGCCAUGGGUGACGACGACAGUGCCGACUCGGACACCAGCCCCAAAGCCUCACCCAAGUCCACCCUGAUUGCUCAGAGGGACGCCUUUAGACGAUCCAUCAGCAUGGAUCAAAGGUACUCGUGUAAGCAGUGUACAGAUUCCUACCCUAACAGCCGAACCACACCCAAAACCCACACCCGCUCUCGUAGUUACACCCGCUCUCUGACCAGCUCACAGCUGGGAGAUACAUUGAACCGUCAGUUUGAGGCAGUGUGUGAGACCAUGUUUGGGGAGGUGGAGUCUCAAGCCGUGGAGGCCCUGGAUCUUCCGGGUGUGUUCCGCACUCGCAGCCACAGCUACGUUCGCGCCAUCCAGGCCGGCUGUUCCCAGGACGACGACUGCCUCUCCGUCUUCUCCAUGUCAGGCCCCCAGGGAAGCAUCAAGGGCGGGGCCGUCUGUCGCUUUUGUAAGUAUCCACCUUACCUGCUCCCUGUUCAUAUAGUACCCAUUGCUUUUAACAGCCCACUAUGCCUUUGUCUUCCUUUCUCCCGCUCUUCUGACACUUCAGUCUUUCCUUAUCGUAAAGGUGCUCCUCCCCCACUCCCACCUCGCAUGUCCAAGUCUUCACUCUCAGUGCGGGCCCAGAGCAGCACCGAGUCCACCCAGGAUGCCUACUUCCAGAGCAGCGGACAGUUGGCCUCAGGCUCAGGCCCUGGGCGCCCUAAGCAGCACAGCAACUCUGUGGACCUGGGCAGCUCUGAUGGGCCAUCGGGUCGCUCCUCCAGAGGAGGCUACUACACCGCCACAGGCCCUGGACGUUCCAGGCAGCACAGUAACUCAGCAGAGAGCCUAGAUGGAGUCAGGGGUUCACGGGAGCUGGUGCCCUACGUAGGGGGUCCGGGAGUUGGGGUGAGAGCCAAACACAGCAGCUCAGCUGACAGUCUGCUGGAGGGGCCACCGAGACCGGCCAGGGAGAGGGACAGCAGGGUUGGGGGCAGCCUUGGGAAAUCAGCCUCUUUGCCUCAGAACAGCAUAGUGCUGAGUAAAGCUGGAGGGCAGGAUGAAGGGCGCGGUGGGAGAAAGUGGAGUCCAUCCAUAGCUGUGCAGGUGGACAGCUCAGAGACCUUAUCAGAUUCAGACGCAGAGGGCAAAGCUCUUACAGAGGUCCACUCUAUAGGAGUCCAAGUGGAAGAUGACAAAAGGCGGGCUCGUUUCAAGCGCUCCAAUAGCGUGACAGCGAGCGUGCAGGCCGACCUGGACCCCGAGGGCUUCCCGGGGCUCAGCAUCGCCGUGCCAACACAGGACAAGAGUCUUCAGUUCGGCUGUUCCUUCCAGAGGCACUCAUCAGAGCCCGAGUCUGCUAGCCAGUACACAGAGUGCCACCGCACUGUCCACACACAGGGACAGUGGGCCUACAGAGAGGACUUCAUCCAGAGUGGCUACACCACUGAGGCCUGCCCAGCAGACCACCGUCCCCACCAGCACCCGCACUUGCCUCCACGUUCCCACUCCCCUUUGCCCAUCACCUCUGAGCGAGCCUGGGCAGGGACGCCGUCCCUGGAGGGCCCCCGGAGCCUGCCAGACUCGGGCCGAGCCUCGCCCUGCAUGAGAGACGGAGAGUUCUUCUUACGCCUCCUGCAGACAGAGGUGGAGAGGAUGGAGGGCUGGUGCCAGAACAUGGAGAGAGAGGCUGAGGAGAACGAACUCCCAGAAGAGAUUUUUGAACUGAUUCGAAAUGCAGUUGGCAGCGCCCAGAUGCUCAUGUCUCAGAAGGUCCAGCAGUUCUUCCGUCUCUGCCAACAAAGUGUGGACCCAUCAGCCUACCCCCAGCCUACCUCUCAGGACCUGGCGGGCUUCUGGGACCUGCUCCAGCUCAACAUAGAGGACGUCAGGGUCAAGUUUCAGGACCUCCAGAGGCUCAAGGACUCGGGUUGGAGGCUCCCACCUGAAAAGAAGGAGGACAAGAAGCUUCCUCCUCCCUUACCAAAGAAGCCAGCAGGCGGGGUGAGUGGCAGCCUCCGGGCUGAUAGCGUUGGGGAUGUGGGCGCCGGAGGUGGAGGUGGUGGGUCGGGGGGCCUGGUGGUGCCUCGUGUGGGUGGGCACACCCUACCCAUCAAGGAGAAGUCCCUGGACCUCGGGGACCGUCAGAGGACAGAAGCGAGGAAGAGGCUGCUGCAGACCAAGAGAACCGCCUCCUUCAGGCAGAACUCGGCUACAGAGAGCGCUGACAGCAUCGAGAUCUACAUCCCGGAAGCCCAAACUCGACUCUGAGCGCAGGACUCCAGUGUCUCCCUCUCCACCUCCUCACUCACCCUCACCCAUGCAAAGCAGACCUGCGCCUAGUUUUGGAUCUUCUGUGGGUCAUUGCUGUUUAUUUGCUACCCUUCCCUCAACAUUUCCAUUAGUUCACUUACCACAACUGCAAAUUCUCAUAUCU